AUGAAACACAUUAUCCACUCAAGUGCAAAUGUCAAUGGCACAACAAGAAACAAUUCAGACUGUCCCCAUGUGGCUUUGCCAGAAGAGAUAUUUUUCCUAAUUUCUAUCACUGGAGUUUUGGAAAACCUCAUUGUUCUCUUGGCUGUGAUCAAGAAUAAGAACCUCCAGUUCCCCAUGUACUUUUUCAUCUGUAGUUUGGCCAUUUCUGACAUGCUGGGAAGCCUGUAUAAGAUCUUGGAAAACAUUCUGAUCAUGUUCAGAAACAUGGGUUAUCUCAAUCCUCGUGGCAGUUUUGAAACCACAGCAGAUGACAUCAUUGACACCAUGUUCAUCCUGUCCUUGCUUGGCUCCAUCUUCAGCCUACUGGCAAUUGCUGUUGACCGCUACAUCACCAUAUUCCAUGCCCUGCAGUACCACAGCAUUGUAACCAUGCGCCGCACCACUGUAGCUCUAGCAAUCAUCUGGACCUUUUGCAUUGGUAGUGGUAUUACCAUGGUGCUCUUCUCCCAUCACAUCCCCACAGUGCUCACCUUCACGUCACUGUUCCCAUUGAUGCUAGUCUUUAUCCUCUGCCUCUAUGUACACAUGUUCUUACUUGCUCGCUCCCAUGCCAGGAACACUGCCACCCUUCCCAGGGCCAAUAUGAGAGGUGCCAUCACCCUGACGAUCCUCCUGGGUGUUUUCAUCUUCUGUUGGGCCCCUUUUGUCCUUCACAUUCUCCUAAUGACCUUCUGUCCCAGCAAUCCUUACUGUACCUGCUAUAUGUCCCUGUUUCAAGUGAAUGGCAUGUUGAUCAUGUGCAAUGCAGUCAUUGACCCUUUCAUCUAUGCCUUCCGGAGUCCAGAACUCAGGAGUGCAUUCAGAAGGAUGAUUUCCUACAGCAAGUACCCAUAG